AUGGAUGAUGAUGAUGAGUUUUCUAUGCCAGAAGAUAUCCAUUGGCCACUGUUUACUGCUUCAAGCUCAUCUACCAUCGAAAAAGCCCUAACACAUCUCAUACAAGUUGCCAGAGGUGCUGGUGGACGCGCAGACCUUGCUUCCAAGAAUAUCUUAACUACAGUCCUUCAGCUCUGCCGAACUCUCUCCUACACUUCUAAUCGUCACCUUCUUCUUUUGUCUCUAAAACUCCUCAGAAACUUAUGUGCCGGAGAAAUAAGUAAUCAGAACUCAUUUAUUCAACAAAAUGGAGUUCAGAUUGUUUCAGGUAUUUUCAAUUCUGUUGGGCUUGUUUCUGAGUCAGAUUAUGAGAUCGUUAAAACCGGUCUGCAAGUUCUGGGAAAUGUCUCGUUGGCUGGAGAAGACCAUCAGCAUACUGUUUGGCAUCAAUUCUUUCCACUUGAGGUUUCCAAGAUCGCAAGAGUGCGGAGCAGGGAGACCUGUGAUCCUUUGUGUAUGGUUAUUUAUACAUGUUGUGAAGGAAGUCAUGGAUUAUCUGCAGAGUUAGGUACUGAUCAAGGGUUGCAUAUUGUGGCAGAGAUUACAGAGACUGCCUCAGCAGUUGGUUUCCGAGGAGAUUGGUUAAAAUUGCUUAUCUCAAGAAUUUGCCUUGAGAAAUGUCACUUCUCACAACUCUUCUCUAAACUAUGUCUGAUUGGUAAUUCUGGAACUAGUAAUGAUAUCAUGUCCGGAGUUGAUCAUUUUGUACCUGAACUAGCAUUUUUGUUGAGUAUCCUAUCAGAGAUCUUGAAUGAGCGAAUCAGAAAUAUAGCUGUUUCCAAUGCAUUUGCUCUGUAUCUUCUUGGAAUAUUUAGAAGUGCCAUUGGGGGUGUUGAUUUUUCAUCAAAAGGGGAGUCAGGUCUUCCAACAGGAUCUGCUGCUAUUGAUGCUCUUGGAUAUUCCCUCAUCAUUUUAAGAGAUAUCUGUGCAAGUGAUGAUGUUGUUGAUGUGCUUCUAUCCUCAGGACUACUGGAACUUCUUUUAAGCUGCCUCCGGGAACUUGAGCCUCCAGCAAUUAUUAGGAAAACAAUAAAUCUAAGUGAUAACCAAGAGAGAUCAACUCAUUUCUCAUCAGAGGAGAACCACAAAGCAACAUCAUAUUUGCCCAAGUUUUGUCCAUACAAAGGAUUUCGGCAGGACCUUGUUGCCGUCAUUGGCAAUUGUGUGUACCAAAGGAAGCAUGUUCAAGAUGAAAUUAGACAGAGGAAGGCAAUUCUUCUGUUAUUACAACAGUGUGUCACUGAUGAAGAUAAUCCAUUUUUAAGGGAGUGGGGCAUCUGGUCAGUCCGGAAUCUUCUGGAAGGCAAUGUAGAAAACCAACGAGUAGUAAGUGACUUGGAGCUUCAAGGAUCUGUCGAUGUGCCUGAAAUUGUUGGACUUGGUCUUCGCGUUGAGGUGGAUAAAAAAACUGGCUGUGCAAAGCUUGUAAAUGCCUGA